AUGAGUGGAGACGGUUUAAUUAAAAGCGUCUGGCGCGGAGCCAGCCUCGCUGGCAGUGCGCCCGAACCCUUACAUUGGCGUGUGAUUUAUGCACCGGCGUCGGAAAGGCAUCGCGCCAUUCGACAUGCGCUGACGGCGACCUCCCAUUGUGGCUUCUCCGCUCCGUCUUGCUCGGCCCCGUUCGCCUGUUUUGAUUUAGGAGCUGGUGUCUGGCGGUCUGGGGUUAGGACUCACUCGGUUCCAAGCGGCGUGCCCGUGGCAGGUGUCAGCUUUGACGCGGGUGUGAGGCUGCUCUUUGUCCCGUCGCCGACGUCGGCCGACGCUCGCCGACACAAAGCGCGGCUCGUGAAGUCGAGCACUCUAAACUUUGUCUCGGUUAGGGGCUUCGAACGCUGCGAGCUAUUAGUGCACUCGUUGUUAUCUCGCCAUUAUUGUUCCCCGCUUGGAGAUCGGUCGCCAUCGUCGAACUGCGGGCGGGGCGCCUUCGCGGGGCCAUAG